GUCGAGACACGAUUUAAUCGACCUUCAAGAAAUGAUGAUAGCAUUAUCCCCGAGAAUGAAACACAAGAAGAAGUACCAACUAUCUUUCCAAAGAUAGGUCGCUCAUUUGGACAUGAGGAAGUUGUCUCUCUUGGCAAUGAUGUUUUGGACAAGGCACAUCACUAUGUGCUUACUAAUUGUAGUGACGUAGAUCCUUUUAUUGAGCAGCACCUGUCUUUGUUAAAAAGUCAAUAUCCACGCAAGUCACCUCAUGCUAUUCAAGUACUUCACAAUUCC